GCCACCUGUCAGUGUCCAUCAGUGCCAGCUCUCAGUGCUCAUCAGUGCCUUGUGCCAGUGCCCAUCAGUGCCACAUCAAUGCCACAUAUCAGUGUCUACCAUCAGUGCCAUCUAUCAAUGCCAAUCAGUGCCACCUAUCAGUGCUGCCAAUCAGUGCCAGUCAGUGCCGCCUAUCAGUGCGCAUCAGUGCUGCCUAUCCGUGCCUGUCAGUGCCGCCUAUCAGUGCCAGUCAGUGCCGCCUAUCAGUGCUGCCUAUCAGUGCUGCCUAUCAGUGCCAUGUAUCAGUGCUGCCUUUCAGUGCCCAUCAGUGAUGCC